UGCCCUGAGCUGCGCCCUGGCCGGCUGACCCACUGAGGCGCAGACGCACCCUCCGCGCUCCGGUUUCAUGGAUUCCCAGUCCAGCUGUGUGGUGGUGACCGGUUUUGGGCCCUUCCGCCAGCACCUGGUGAACUCCAGCUGGGAGGCAGUGAAGGAGCUCUCCAAGCUGGGCCUGGGGAGUGACACGGAGGUGGAGCUGCGGACUCUUGAGCUGCCUGUAGAUUACAGGGAGGUGAAGCAGAGGGUCACCAGAAUCUGGGAAGAUCUUCAACCGCAACUCGCCGUGCAUGUGGGCCUGGACGCCGCCGCCAAGGCCAUCGUUCUGGAACAGUGCGGCAAGAACCGGGGCUACCGGGACGCUGACAUCCGGGGCUUCCGGCCCGACGGCGGCGUGUGCCUUCCAGAAGGCCCGGAAGUGAUCGCGUCGGGAGUCAGCAUGAAGACGAUCAGCAGGCGUGUGGCUGUGGAGGGCGUGGAGGUGGCGUUUUCCCGGGACGCAGGCAGAUAUGUCUGCGAUUACACCUACUACCUGUCUUUGCAUCAUGGAAAUGGGUGCUCGGCACUCAUCCACGUCCCUCCGUUAUCUCGUUGGCUCCCGGCCAGCCUGCUGGGAAAAGCCCUGCAAGUGAUCAUCCAGGAAAUGCUGGAGGAGGGGAGAAAGCCCGAGCUCAAAGCCUCGUUUGCAGAAAACUCAAUCUCUGUGACUCCAGCCAAGGGGAACCAAUUGGGGGACUGCUCCUUUAGAGAAAAUUCAGUGUUUCAAUCCUGUGUGCAGAGUUUUACUGUGCUUUGAGAGACUUUUAAAAAAAUUGCUUGUAAAACAGUUUACACAGAGAAAAAAAUUCUGAAUUAGCCCAACGAAAUCACAAAGGGUUAUUUUAUUGUCAGAAGAAAGAACACUCCGAAAGGCAGACAUUUCACAAGGGAUUAACCAGCUUCAGUUAUGGUUUUCAUGACAAUAAAAUGAAAUCCUAGUAAUUUUUUUUCUCUUAAGAGACCAUGUAGCGGGCUUGUGUGAUCCUGCCCAGAUUGCCAGGACCACAGACCUGUUCUGCAGAGCCCCACGUAGUGAGUUGAUCCAUGACCAGCUGGCCAUGGGGAAACACAUGUGCUGCCACCACUCAGGUGCCCCAUUCCUGGUCUCCAAGCUCGAGCAUCCAGGUGCCAUGGGCAGCUUCUGAGCCACUGAGUCUCUAGUGUUUGGUUUUUCUCUUUCUUUUUUUAAAAAAUUGUGGUAAAAUACAUGUAACAUAAAAGUUACCAUUUUAACCAUUUUUAAGUGUUCGGUGGCAUUAUGUACAUUCAGUUGUUGUGCAUCCAUCACCACCAU